GUUGCGCUAGCGCUAGCCGUCCUAAGUCAUGGGAAAGCGUUGCGAGCCGAAACCCAAAAAGUGUGUUCGAGAGCUGAAAAGUUCAGCUCCGGCCGCAUUGGAUCCAAAGUUCCGGUCAAUGACUACGGCUGCGAAGCAGAGGAGGUGGACCAUGCAGGGGUUGCUGCGACUCAAAGCUCCGAAGGUGUUGGCGGUUCUGGUGGGAUGGUCUUCUCGCUGCCGGGACUGCAGUGGAAGACGGUGGACCAUGCUGAGUUCUUUUCGGGCAAAAUGCAGGUCACUCUGCAAGACAUGAAGGAGGGGAUGGAAUAUUCAAGAGAUGUGCUUGUGAU